AUGGCUUCAGAAAUACCCCAAGCAACUAGGCACAUCGUGAUAAUCGGCGGAGGCGUAAUUGGCUGCACAGCAGCUUACUUCCUCACCCGGCACCCGGCUUUUAACCCCGCCAUCCACAAGAUUACCAUUCUCGAAGCCAACGCUAUUGCAUCUGCCGCCUCAGGAAAGGCGGGCGGGCUGCUAGCUCUUUGGGCAUACCCUGAGAAUAUCGUGCCGCUAUCAUAUAAAUUGCAUGCCGAAUUGGCGAAGGAACAUGAUGGCGCGAAGAGGUGGGGUUACAGAGCUGUGCAUUGCGGAUCAUUGGCUGCGAAGGGAAUAGUCCACAAUGCAUCGCAUGAAGACGACAAGGCGUCAAAGGUAGGGGAGGAGGAGUGGAAGAAGCUACCCAAAACCAAAGCGAGUAGCAAGGGGAAGGCGGUAACAUCCGAAGUCCCGAAAGACCUGGACUGGUUUGACCCCGAAUGCAUAAGGGAAUAUUCAGAGAUGGGUACGCCAGAGACGACUGCCCAGGUUCACCCCUACCUCUUCACCACCUCAAUGGCAGAUUUGGCCGUUGAGAAGGGCGUGGAGAUUGUAUACGGCCUAGCGACAGCUAUCGAUUAUACAGGCCCCCACGGCGUCAAAGGCGUUGCAUAUGAGGAUAAAGGAACGAAGCAUAUCCAUACUCUCCCCGCAAACGACAUAAUAUUAUCAGCAGGGCCUUGGACAAGUCACGUCUUCCCGGAAGCACCUAUUGAAGCCCUCCGCGCACACAGCGUGGUCAUCAAAGCAGAUGUAACCCCGUACGCAGUAUUUACUGAGAUCGAACUACCGAAGAACUUUGGUCCCACGGGAAAGGGGGAUGUGAAAAAGAGACGGCAUGGGAAAUCGGUUAAUCCAGAGAUGUAUGCUCGGCCUGAUGGGACCGUUUACGCCUGUGGUGAGGGCGACUCGUUAGUUCCCCUUCCUAAAUCUAGCGACCUAGUGGUAUGCGACACCUCUCGCUGCGACGAUAUCCAUGCCUACCUCUCCUCCAUCUCCACCACACUCCGCACCGGCGAGGUCCUCUCAAAACAAGCUUGUUAUCUACCUCUCGUAUCCAGCGGUGGCGGCCCCAUCAUCGGCGAAACGGGUAUUAGAGGUUUGUUCCUUGCAGCAGGCCAUACGUGCUGGGGCAUUCAAAAUAGCUGUGCGACGGGGAAGCUGAUGAGUGAAUUUAUUUUUGACGGCAAGCCGACAAGUGCGGAUAUCGAGAGUUUAGAUCCGAGGAAGGUUAUGUAG